AUGCCAACAUCAAGUCAAUCAAAAAUCCUUUCUGUUAUUGAUUAUCAAUCGGUUCAACAACAGCCUAUUGGUCAAGAUGAAGUAUCCAAGCAAAACGUUCGUAGUUCUGCUAAUAAAAAUUCACUAAAUGAAACAAAACGGCGUCAUAGCAAAGAUGAACGUCGUGCAUCAGUCGAAAAUAAAAAUGGUGAAGAUAAUCAUGCUCCAUCACCAUUUAAUUCAAAUGCUCGACGAUUAAAUUCAGGCAAAAAUAAUGAUGCAAGAAUUAGAAAUAUUCGGAAAUGUCAGAGACAUUUCAGAUGUAUGCAUUAUGAUCAUUCUGGUCCGUCAUUUCGUAAGGGUUUACAAUCAACACGGGCGACUCAACGUGGUGCUGAUAUACUACAUGUACCUGUUAUCAAUCUUAAUAAUAUGGCACAAAAUCAAUCACGAAUACCGUCGAGUUCUGUUAGUGGAAAUGAUAAUCGACAAAAUCGAACCGUUAAUACAAAUGACGGUACAAAAUUUACAUUAGCUGAUGGAACAAUGAAAUUAUCUCAGUAUCAUCGAAAUUCAAUAGAUUCAGAAAAUGAUACUCAAAUGGAAAUUAAUAAUCAAUCAAAACAAAUAAAAAAAUAUCCAACACCAGUUAGUGCUGACGAAAAUACAACAUCUGAAUCAGAUAUAGAUCAAGGUGAUGAUGAUAAUGGUGAAAACAAUAAUGAUGAUUCAAAACGUGAACGACGAUCAAGUUUAUUAAAUGAAAAUGCUCGACGUUUACUUAUUUUGGGUACUAUACGACCAUCAAAAACUUUCUAUAAAAAUUUAUCGGACGCUGAUGCUGAUCAUCUUAUGGAAUAUUUUCGUAAAAUGAAAACUUCACAUCAACGACUGACGUCAGAAGAAAUACAUCAAGAAUUAUCAACUAAAUUUGUUGAAUAUAAACCAAAGAUAUUUUUUGAUUCGGCUUCUGUAACAAAACAUCAAGUAACAGAUAUCGAAAAAAUAGUUGAGCAAUAUGCUGAUAAAAUUCGUACUCAAAAGGCUGAAUUUGCUAAACUUGAUAAUCCAAUGCGCUUUGUUAUAAGACAACUUGAUAAUGAUAAACCAUUAACAAUUAUACCACGUGAAUAUAAUGAUUGCUUUAUUACACUUGUGACACGUUCAGAUCCAUUACGUAAAUCAGAUUUAGUUACUGGACUUGUCCAGGAGAAACUUUUAGAAGAUGUCAAAGCUAAUUCAUUAGAUAUUAGUUACUUUCCCGGUGGUGUUAAUUAUGAUGUACCACGUGAUGAAAUUGAUGAAGAUGGUCAAAUGAAUUUGGAGACAUAUCAAAAAUUAAAAAAGCGUUUGAACAGUCGUAAAGUUUGGUACUUUGAUGGACCACCAGAAAAAAAACCAAAUGCUUUCUUAGCUACUGUUCCACCAGAUACAACAAUUACAAUUGAUCAUCAACGUUUACUAGAUGCUCUUUAUGAUCGUUUAAGAAGUUCAUCAACAAAUGCUAAUUCUACGAUUGAACAACAAAUCCUAUCAAUUGAAUUCUCUCCAUUAAGUUGUAUAUUUAAUUCAAAUGAUAUAUCAAAUCAAUUCAUUGUUGAUUGUGAUACAAUGGAAACAAAACAAAAACUAUUGGAAAAACCUUUAAGAAUUGUUUCAAAUAAACAUUCAGUAAAUCUUGAAUUACAAUCCUACGAUGAAAAUAUCCAAAGAGAAUAUGAAAAAUUUAUUAAAUCAGAAAAAUAUCGAGAAUUAAUAAAAAACCAUGAUUCAGCUGUUAAACGAGCAUCAAAGACAAAAUAG